GGGAAGACGAAGAAGAAGAAGUGAACAGGAAGGUUCUCCAUGACACGUCUUCCCCAAAAUAACCCCAUUUUUUUCAACCACCGGCAACUCGAAGCUUCCCUUCCGCGAGGGCGAUGAAGUAAUUACGGAAUGGAGGAACACUAGAUCGUGGGAAGGUGGUGGUUCCGCGUCUCCGUCCCCAAUCUAAAUACCGCCCCCAAUCCCUUCUCCCGCAAUUAACUUCCCCCCUUGACUUCCAAUUUCUCUCUGCUUUACGGCAAUCAACAUUUUUUUUUCCAGAUCGGGAGAAAGCAGAGAUCUACAUCAAUGGCGGACUGCAGACCACUGGGUUUCUUGCUGGGACUCCCGUUCGCGUUGGUAGCGCUGGUUCUGUCGCUUGUUGGCGCCGUCAUUUGGAUCAUCGGGUCGGUACUGAGUUGCCUGUGCCCGUGCUGUAUUUGCUGUGCUGGGUUGGCCAAUUUCGCCGUCGGGCUAAUCAAGCUGCCGGUCAGAGUACUCCGAUGGUUCAUCGAUCAGAUCCCUUGUUGAUCAUCGGCCGUUCAUUUGCUCGUUCGGGUUCAUAGUUUUUUCUGCAGACAUGCUUCUAUUUCUUCUUUGUAAUUCAUUGAUUCAUUGUCUUCCUGUACUGAGUACUGUAAUUUCUAUCAGAUAGUCGUAGAAGAUAAUAAACGAUGCUCAUUUGGUGAUAUUCGUUGUUGGUUCUUUGUUCAACGAAACGACUAGUUAUUUGGGCCUCCCUUUGUGAAAAAGGCCCAUUUUAAUAUGUAGGAGUAGUUUUCCCUUUGUUGUGGUUGACAAAUUGGUUGCUCAAAUCACUGACGACGACGAUCGAG